AAGCUGUUUCCAUGUUCGACGAUUCAUAAUCCUCUAGAAGCAGCUAGGACAAGUUUUAUCACGCUUCUAUGAGAAAGAUCAUGCUUACAACAGGUAAUUAUUUAAUUGAAAUUCCGGGUCCUGUUUACCUUGCCAAGAGAUUUUAAAUGUAAACAUAUUUAACUAAAAUGUUUCAUCCAAGAAUGCUCUAGAUUUUCAGUGUCUACACAUGUCAUCUUAUUAGAUUGGUCUGAUAGCAUUCGUAAACAUGUCAUCAGAUAAUUUUGCAUCAUAUACAUAUGUAGAUCCCAUAACUUCUUAUAUUACACGUAUAUAGUUGUUAGCUACAAAGCAUAACAAGUAGUACAUAGCCUGCGUGGUGGUUCCUUUGUUAAGCCAAUUAAUCGAAGGUUAUUGGUCAGGCAGAAACAUGUUAACACGUAUUAAUGAGCUGAGCUCUAACGUAACCUCAACUUUGAAAAUGCUUUUGACACGUAUAAUAAAUGGCUGCUAAAACAAUAUAUGGAAAGGGUUGUUUGUCACUGCUUGUGAUUUGUCUAGAAAAAAAACAUGGAAACUGACACUCAAAAAUCAUCGGUAUGUUUGAUCAGGUCGUUGGUGUCACUUUUCAGACAUAUAUAUAAGACGUUCUGUAUAAUCUUCCUGCAGCAGUCUUAAUUUAGAAGUGCUUCACAAGGAAGAUACGUAUUCUAUUAUCAUGAUGCUAAAGACAUCACUCAUAUUUCUCGCGAUAACUGCUGUCGCACAGUCGUCUGGUCUCAGCGGUCUGACCCCAUCGGGACAAGGUUUCUAUUUAUUUCAUCCCCACCAGCAGGUCUUUCACCAGUACCAACAUUAUUAUCCGCACUAUCUGCAUCAGUCCCAGCAACCCUUCCACUUUCAACAACACCAACCCCAACAGCAACAAGCCGUCCAAAACCAGUUUCUCUCAGUUAGUCGACCUCAGUUUGUCGCAGUGAACCGACCCGAGCAAAAACCCCCACAAAAUACGAUUCAUCAAGUCUCGUCCCCUGCUGCUGUCGCAGUCCCCAUUCAACAAGGGUCAUUUAACAACAUCCUUGCGGUCAGUGCUCCAAGAAAAAUAGUUCUCCCACUAAUUCACACCGACACUCCCACCUACAGUUUCGGAUAUGCGGUGAAAGACGCGGCCACAGGAGACCAAAAGUCACACCAUGAAACUCGAACUGGGGACAAUGUGGUUGGAAAGUACACUGUCGUUGAACCCGACGGAACACUUCGAGUGGUUUCAUAUACGGCAGGGAAAGAAGGUUUUAAUGCCGUGGUGGAGAAAACGCCAAGAUAUGCUCCUCCAAACGCUCCAGAAUUUAAUAACAAAAUUGUCGCUAUUUCCAGACCAUUCAAUUAUGGCUCGCAUCGUGUUUGGCAAAAGUAACUAUUUUUCAAUCUCUCCUAGCUGUCUACAUACAUGUUGAAGGUUCUAAGAAUGGAAUGCCGCACUAAUGUAAUACCAAGUAUAAUUUUUUACCUUGGUUUUUUGCUACUUUUAUAUAAUGUUCUAUUCUAAUAUGGAAUAUAAUGAAAUAAAUUCCCCACCAAAUUCGUUAUUCGCUUGA